GGUUCUUUAAUAUCAGGCCCAGCGCGACUUACGGGACCACAUUUCUUCCCGGAGCUCGCGGUUGGAUGUUCCUUUCGUCUCGUGGGUACCGGAAUCAGGCUUGCGCCAUGGCGAAACUGAUGCUGUUGUUGGUAGUCUUCAUUGUCUUUACCGCUGUGUUCGUGGAGAGGAUCCUAGUAUUUCGGCAGAAGCUGUUUGCUGACAGACAUCUGCCCCCGAAGCGCCUUCCUAACUGUGAACUCAUUCCAGGAAUUGACAAUGGUGCAGAAGAUAUUGAAAUACUUCCUAAUGGAUUAGCUUUCAUCAGCUCUGGUCUGAAAUAUCCUGGUUUGAAAGUCUUUGAACCUCAUAAGGGAGGGCAGAUAUUACUGAUGAAUCUGAAGUCAGAAAGUCCUCGUCCAGUUGAAUUGAAGAUUGAAGGUGGAUUUGAUCUGGAUUCUUUUAAUCCUCAUGGGAUCAGUAUUUAUAUGGAGAAUAGUGAUAGCAUAUAUCUCUUCGUGGUUAAUCAUCCAGAAGGCAACUCAGCAGUGGAGAUCUUUAAAUUUUUUCAGGAUGAAAAAUAUUUGCUGUACUUAAGAACUGUCACUAAUCAGCUCCUAUCAAGUGUCAACGACAUUCUUGCUGUGGGCCCUGAGCAUUUCUAUGCCACCAAUGACCGUUACUUCCGUUCAGAGACUGUCUCAAUAUAUUUGGAAGUGUUUUGGGGUUUUAGCUGGACAAAUGUUGUGUACUAUAGCCCAAAGAAAGUUAAAGAAGUGGCAUCAGGAUUCUACAGUGCCAAUGGCAUUAAUAUGUCACCAGAUGGAAAGUUUAUCUACGUGGCUGAUAUUUUGGAUCAUAGCAUUCAAGUCUUUCAAAAAAUGUCUAACAUGAAUUUAACUCCUGUGAAGGCCCUGAAAUUUGAGACUAUUCUUGAUAACAUAUCGGUUGAUCGUAAAACUGGAGACCUUUGGUUAGGAUGUCAUCCCAAUGCUGCAAAACUCAUUUCUUAUGAUCCAAAGGAUCCUCCCGGCUCAGAGAUCCUUCUUGUCAAAGAUAUCCUUUCUGACAAACCUAAAAUCAUUACAGUGUAUGUGGAUGAUGGAACAAUCAUUCAAGGAAGCUCAGUUGCUGUCUAUUUUGAGAGACAUCUCAUCGUUGGCACUGUGUUUCAAAAAGCCCUUUAUUGCCAUAUGCCUUGACUCAUGAGCUUUGACUCAGUUGAAAUAGUCAUUGUCACUGAAAACUGAGUCAAGCUUUUUGACACCUGAUGAACUCAGGUUUCAAAUCCAUGUUAGCCAGUCCAUUCAUCUAAAAGUUAUUAUAACCACAUCUAAAAUAUAAGAGAUCCAGCAUAAAUUCCUGCCAUUUCGGAGGAGCCAUCUUGCCCCAAGAUGCCUUUUGGCCUUCCAGAGGUAUUAAAACCUGGUUUUGCCUUGAAGCCCCAAGGGGGCUGAAGAUGGUUAAUGAGCUAAGAAGAUCUUACCUCUGUGCCAUCCAUCUCCUGGGUUCUAAUUUUUUAUAAAAAAUUGUAAUUGUUUUUAUAUUCAUCUUUUUACUAUUUGUAAGUCACCCAGAAUCACUGUACUAGUGAAAUGGGCAAUUUAAGCAUUUAA